AUGGAAAUUGAUUAUCGCACUCGUUUAACAACAAUGUUGGAUGUGACACGCUUUUUAUUGAAGCAGGGGUUACCUUUUCGAGGACACGAUGAGUCAACUAGUUCUUCAAAUAGAGGUAAUUUUCUUGAGUUGCUUGAAUGGUAUAGUCAACGAAAUGAAGAGGUUUCUAAAGUUAUAAAACAAAAUGCUCCUGCAAACAAUCAAUUAACUUCCCCAAAAAUUCAAAAGGAUUUAACACGUGCUUGUGCUUCAGAGAUCACACUUGCUAUAAUCAAUGAUAUUGGAGAUAAAUUCUUUUCUUUGAUGGUUGAUGAGGCUCGGGACAGUUCAGUGAAGGAGCAUAUGGGAGUUGUUUUGAUGUAUGUGAAUAAAGAAGGAUAUGUGAUUGAACGAUUUCUUGCGGUUGUGCAUGUGCCUGACACUGGUUCUCAUUCUUUGAAAAUGACUAUUGAUACUUUAUUUGUGCAACAUGGUUUAUCAUUAUCUAGAUUGAGAGGUCAAGGAUAUGAUGGAGCUUCAAAUAUGCGUGGCGAGUUUAAUGGAUUGAAAUCCCUGAUACUACAAGAAAAUCCAUUUGCAAUGUAUGUUCAUUGUUUCUCUCAUAAGCUCCAAUUAGUUCUUGUUGCUGUUGCCCAUGACAAUUUUAAUGUGAGUGAAUUUUUUGGGUAUAUAACCAUGAUUGUGAAUAUAUCUGGAGCAUCUUUGAUAGAAGUGUUAGGAAAUAUACAUGAUGAUGCCUCUUAUUCUGCGAAUAAAGGUGUUGCCGCAGGUUUAAUUGAGAAGAUGGAGAGUUAUCAAUUUAUUUUUGUGUUACAUUUGAUGAAGUAUAUAUUGGGAAUUACAAAUGAGUUAUCACUUUCCCUACAACAAGGGGAUCAAAAUAUUGUUCAAGCCAUGUCCUUGGUUAGAAGUGUGAAAUGUCGACUACAAGACUUCAGGGAAGAUGGAUGGCAGAUAAUUUUGGAACAAGUUAACACAUUUUGUGAAUUGAAUAUGAUUCCAAUACUUGAUAUGGAGGACAACAUGCUAACUCGUGGUCAUGGUAGGCGUAGAGGGCAACUCAUCACCAAUUUUCAUCAUUAUCGUGUGGAGAUUUUUUGUCAGGUUGUUGAUUUAAUUAUACAAAAGAUGAAUAAUCGGUUUUCAGAAGUUAGUACGGAUUUGCUUGGUUGCAUAUCAUGUUUUCAUCCAAGAAAUUCUUUCUCUCAAUUUGAUGUUCACAAACUCAUCCAUCUUGCUGAUUUUUAUCCCGAGGACUUCUGUGGUACUGAUUAUUUAUUUUUGGAACAACAACUUAUGAGUUACUUUUAUAAUCUGCGGGAUGAUCCUUACUUUUCUUCAAUUGAUGACUUGGGAAUUCUUGCUCAGAAAUUGGUUGAGACUGAAAAACAUUUGGUGUUCCCAUUGGUUUAUCGUAUGAUAGAGUUGGCAUUAGUUUACCAGUUGCAACUGCUUCGGUUGAACGAGUUUUUUCUGCAAUGA